GCCCAGCCCACUGUUUGCUUGCUUUCCUUCUCGACUGCCACUGUACCUCUGCUGUGCACCAGAGUGCCACAAACCCAGGGCAGUGUCCAGCCUGUGACAGCCACCCUGCUGCUGUGAUGCCUGUGGAGCUGCCCACUGGCCCUGGGACAUCCUGGUCACCAGGAUCCUCUAGUUAUUAUUGGAAUGUAACUGUAGAGAAAAAUGUUCAUUUCUAGCAACUCAGUUCUGGACUUUUAAUCAAACUUGGAUUUCUGGAAAUACUACAUGACUUCAGCUGGGAAUGAGAUAGAAAGACGGACUCACAGGCAAGGUGGCAGAACUGGGAAGCUGGUAGAGCCUGUGACCUCUUCUGAAAAUGAUCCUCUUUUGUCAGGCAAGUCAAUCAGCAGCAUGGACCAUCUCUUGCCCCUCCCUGGAAGGGCAGACUCUGCUUACAGCUCUUUCUCAGGAGGAUCAAAUGUUCCAGAGUACCCCACACCAUCGUGCUAUGGUGAAUAUUUCUGUGUGCCUCCAGAGCAGGUCCCAUACAUGGACACAGAAUACAUAACAGGAAUUUAUAAUGUCAGAGCUGCACACUCUGACCUCAGAUCCACCCAGCCAUGCAAGGCACCAGACCUGGGUACCCACAACAGCUCUCAUAGCACCGGUCUCACAGAUCACUGUGGAAUUACUCUUACCCAGAGGACUUCAAAUCAGGCAACUCCAUCCCUGGCAGCACCUCCACUGUCCCCUCCCAGGCAACUCAACAGCUAUAACAGCACUGAUAGACACCUGGAAAAGUCAAGAGAGAGAAGAGGCUCUGAAGGGCACGCUGAGUGUAGUGUGCAGCCAGCUCCCAGUGUGCAGGACAGCCAGCCAGCAGAGAGGGACGUACCAUGGAGCCAACAUUGGGAUGCAGGUACAGAGCAAGAUGUAGAGCUGGAUAGGGAAAAGACUCUGGAAAACAAGGGCCUUUCUUCUGAUUUUACAAAUGAGGUAUCAAAAGUUCAGGCACUAAAGAGAGAGGAAAAUGGAGAGUGGAGCCCAUCACAGCAACCUACAAAGAGAAGCAAUCCACACAUUUUCAGCAGACCUUCUUCAUUCAUUUUUCAAGAAUAUUUAAAGACAGAUUCUGUGGUGAACGUCUCCAAAAUACUUUCUGCUUAUAAUUCAGGUCAUGCUAAUAAAAUUCCCAAAGAGCUGAACUCCAAAUCCUAUCAGCAAACACAUUCCAACCCCAAUGCUGUUAAUGAUACACAAGAAAUCAAACAGUGUCCCAGGGCUGUGCGUAAGCCAAGUGCCAGAGAAGCAGCACUGCCAAGCACUGUGCCAGGGCCCAGACAGAGGAAAAAGUCUUUUCCCUGUGCUCAGGGCCCACUCCAUGCUGAGUGGCAUUCAGACAUGGAUCAGGAUGUGUUUGAGGACAGUUCAGAAUUAAAAUAUAUGGAGAAUGCUCUUCUAAAUAAAAAUGCUCCUAGGAAGCCAAACAGUUAUGCAGACAAAAGUCAGUGCUAUGAUUCUGAAGGAAAAAUUAUGAGCAAUAUUAUCCCAAACCAGCAAAACAAAGUGCAGAGAUCACCACUGUCCUGCAGCUGCAAUGUUAUGGAAGUGGAGCAGCCUCAGUGUGAGGAGUUGGAUCAGGGAAGGAAACAGUGUUGUGAUGGCACAAGACAAAUGGCUUUUUCCAGACCAAAGGAAAAUUCCUCAUCUCAGUCAUUACGUGAAGUCCAGAAAGAAAACCAGGGUAAGAACAGCAGUCCUGACCUCAGCACAUGUCUGGGACAAGAGGAACCUCCUGUUCAGAAACACCAGCCUGUAUUUCAAACACAGCUCUCAAGACAGCUUCAGGAGGACCAUGCUCAUGAACAAAUAACCAGGCAGGCAACUCCCAUGCUUUACUAUCUUUCUGCAGGAAAAAGCACCCAUGUCCUGCACUCCAACAAGGCCUCAAGGAGCUCACCAAAGGAAAUUCCAUCAAGCAGCUGUGCUGCCUCAGCACAGUGUCUGGAGAUACAAAGUGAAGGCCAUCAGCUUCAAAGGAGCAGCCACCACCAUCAGUGCAGUGCUUAUGAUCUCCUGCUCCAGGACAAAGAUCUCAUUUUUAGGAGUCCUGCCUCAUUCACAGAAGAGAAUUUCCAGAAUGACUAUAUAGAGAGACUUAAACUAGCUCAGAAAAAGGUUCUCAAAGAAACCUCCUUUAAAAGAAAAGACUUACAGAUGAGUUUGCCUGUCAGACUGAGACAGAAAUCCUCUAAAAGGCCAUCAGUUGAACACCUUCGGUCUUUCUCAUUAUCUAGUGCAAGUGAGGAUGCCAAACCUGUUCCUUGCUCCCCUUCACAUCUAGAAUCCUUGGAAAGUUUCAACAGAAACAAAGAAAUAAGGAGACCACAAAAAGGUCAAGCAGGGGGAAGGAAAAGGGUAACCCAAGAGCAAAAGAAGCUGUGCUACUCUGAGCCUGAGAAACUCAAUCAUCUAAUGGAUAAGGAAGUAUCAUGGAGUCGAGUUAGGGAUGAAAUCACUGCACAAGAUGCAGUGGCAUCCAGGAGAAGGGAUCUGGAGAACAGAGGAAGGGCAUUUUCCAGUUCAAGUGUCUCCAGGACAGAGCUGAAACAAAUACAGAACAGUGCACUAAUCAAAUACAUGGAACAAAAGCUCAGUCAAAGACCAGGUGGUUCACAACACCUCCCACUGCAUCAGCCACCUCUUCAGAAGAGGCUGCCAAAUCCUAAAGGGCCUCCUGGCCAGAUUUCCAACCUAAAUGGAAGCAGGAAAAUGCAAAAUGAUGAGGUUUUCUGCCAACUUGUCUCUGAACAAAAAUCACCAGAUGUUUUUCCUCCUUUUCCUUUUGCUCCCCCACCCAACAUGACCAGCAGGUGCAAUCCCAACAAAGGGGAUGGGAGCUGCACCAGCAAGUGUCCAUCAGCUGAAAGUCUCCAACAGGCAGGUGGUUCUGCACCUGGGAGAGCUCCUGAGAGACCAAAAUGCACUCCUUCUUCCACACAGGACACGAGCAGAUGCUCCAGAGGUGCAGCAGCCCCGUUCCAGCGCUGUGGGAGCUGCCCCGGCACCUCCAGUUUCUGUGAUCCUGAGAAGGAUGGACCCAAGAAUCAUGAGCACAGUGGCAUAACUGUGUGUGUGCAUGGUCAGGAUAAAAAGGAGCAGACUCCUGAAACCUCUGUUCCUGACCCAAGAAGUGGAAGCAAGGAGAGCACUGGAGAGGAGGAGGAAUGCAGAACCCAUUCUCUGAAUGCUGCACUCGAGCUCCCAGAGCAGCAGCAGCCUGCAGCUUCUCCAGAACAGGGAAUGAUGCAUCUCCACACAGCAUCGGCUCAGCCUCACCAAGGAGACAAAAAUCCAGGUUUCCUUGCCCAGGAAACAAUCAUGCACAGCAACCACGAUGAUGUUCCCCUGGAGAGAGGGACACACCUGCCCAAAAGGAGGCUGCAGUCUUCUCAGGACCAGCGAUACCAAGAGCUUGCUUUGGAGAUCAUUGCCAAAGACAGUUCUCUGGUGAACAUUCUCAUACCUCAUCCUCUUAGAAAAACUGGUUUGGACCUGAUGGAGGGUUUAUUUCCUGUUAACAUUUCCAUGCUGGAUAAAUCACAUAGGAAAAAGGGAAAAGUACAGCAUGUGCAGAACAAUGAGAAAAGCCAUGGAGAUGUACCAGAAGAAUGUCCAAAAUCUGAACAUGAAACCAAGAAAAGGAACAAAGAUCCUGCCUCUAUGGGAAACCAAGUCCUGAAGAGCAAUAGAGACAGCACAAACGAGCUAGAUGACAUCACAUCUAAGAAACUGGAACUCAUGGCCACUCUCCAAUCCAGGCUGCAGGCACUGUGGGAGGAACAGGAGCUGGUUCUCUUGGAAGUCAGGGAAUGUGCCAAGUGGGGUGAGAAGCUGGAGGUCAUGGUACGGGACCUCUGCAAGCCAAAUGAAUUUGGCCGCUACAUGAUGUUCAUUGGGGACCUGGAGAAGGUGGUGAGCCUCUUGCUGUGCUUGUCCAGCCGCCUCACCCGAGUCCAGGAUGCCAUGAGCAGGAUGGAUGGCAACACAGAGGCUGAGGAGAAGCAAUCGCUGAUUGAACGGCACAAGCUCUUGUCUCAACAGUGGGAAGAUGCAAAGGACCUGAAGGAGAAUCUGGAUCGGAGAGAACAUGUGGUCUCUGGAAUCCUUGCCAAAUACCUAACAGAGCAGCAGCUCCAGGACUAUCAACACUUUGUUCAAGUCAAGACCUCCUUGCUGAUUGAACAGAAGGACCUCGAAGAGCAGAUUAAAUUUUUCCAAGAACAAUUAGAAAAUCUGGAGCAAAGCAUCCCCAUCUAACACCCAACACCAGGCCAGACAUUUUUAUAUGUUAUAUGUGAUGUUUCCCUGGAAAUCCACAGGUCCUCUCAUCACAGGGCUCAUUUUGGUGGAUUCUUCUAAUCCUGUUUGUGCCACAGCACUGGCAAGUGUUUAGAUGCUCUGGGAUGCUCUAGGCACACUCUAGACAUGACCUCCACUUGGACAAGCCAUAUGACAGCAUCUCACAGUGUGCAGCAAACUGCCUUGUGGACAUGACUGAUAGGAUUCAUUGCUCCUAUUAACUGAAUGUGCACUUCCCCUUCUUGUCUGUCCAUCUGUUUCCAAAUAGACAUCAUCUCAAUAAAAGAACCACAAAAAUAUUUAACUCUUGUGGGUGGGUUGAGUGUUUGAAACGAAAAAUUUUGUGGGUGUUCAGAUGUGAACUGGUGAUUGCACAAAGCCAUAGGAAAUGUUAUGAACCAUUUCAGUGAAACUCCUGCACUUGUUUCUUUCUGUUUAUAUGUGUGACACAGUAAAAAUACACUGUAAUGAAAGAAAAUAA